UUGCUUUCAGCGAGCGACAGUCCACGAGAAACUCUGCAAAACAGCCGCAGCGGAACAACAAAAAACAUUUGUAAAAAUGUCCCGUCGAGCCUCGUUUUAAGCGGAUUUAAAGUGCACCGAGAGGAAGCCAGGCGCAGGAGCAUAGCCGCAGUACAGGAUUAGGAUCGGAGAAGAAGGAUCACCGGGAAAACAUUCGCAUUUCCACCCGCAACCCACACCCACGCACACAAACAACAGUAUACCGCAGUAUUUUCACACACACACACACAGGAUUUUCCACACCAUCAACAGAACACUCCGCAGCCAGGAUAUGACGGAUAAGGAGAGCGAGCAGUGCACCGUCUCGGUCUUUGACCAGACGCCCGGCUCGGAGCAGAAGAAGAUCAACGUGGUGGUCCGCUCCCACUUCACGGUGAAGCGUGUGAUCGACCUAAUCGGCACUCAGUUUCCCUAUGGGAAAUUCGAGCUUCUGUUGCAACCACACGAAAACAAGGAUCUGGUCAAUUUGAAUGCCGUGGAAUCCCAGCUGUUUUUCGAUGUGACUGGUUUUGAGCGUCAGCUGAAGAACCACCUGAUCCUGCUGCCCGCCGGCAGUUGGGAUGGCGACGUGACAAAACGCUUUGAGUUGCCAAUCAAAAAAGUGAUUGUCAAAAAGGUUAUAAAGUCAGACGGAGAAAAGUCCAAAAGCCCAGCCACCGGCGAAAAGAAGAAACGGGUGGUUGGGGAGAAAACCAAGAAGAAACCGGCUUCUGGAUCCUCCUCUCCAAGCAAGACAAAAACAACAAGUGAGGAUUCCUCGGCUAAGAUAAACGUCAGUUCGGAUUCGACUCCAGAAAAGAGUUCCAAGAUCCCCACUACUGAAGAAAAUAGUCCCAAGCCCGUUUCAGACGAAGCUCCUAAGGCUAGCCCGGAAGAAAGUUCCGAGAUGUCUACGGAGACAAGCUCCAAAGUCAUUACCCCGGAGAGUCCCGUCGCCAAGAAAACGGCAAAAGUCAGUUCAAAACCCAACCUAGAGUUAUUGAGUCCACUUCAGCCGUCAUCACCCAUUAAAGAGCUGGAUUGCGAACCGAUUGACAUGCUGAGCAAGCAACAACUCUCUGAGCAACUGCAACUGUAUCCACAAGGUAGAAACCUCUCCCCGGUGGACGAUGGUCCUUCUGACUUGUUCAUCUCGGAUGCCGAGCAAUUGUCAGAUGACGACCUCGCGUUGGGCGCAUCUGCCAGCCCAACUAUGAUGGGUCCGGGCUAUGAUUUCGGAGCUCCGACUGGGGACUCGGACAUCGAGGGUGUGACCGGAGUGGUGGGUCCAUCUACAAUUCAACCGGACGAUGGUUCUUAUCCGGCUCUGUCGAACUUCUAUCGCCGUAAGUACGGCGGAGACGAGUUGCCAGCAUGGCAGAGAGUCAACACGACGUCUUCCGACUUUGUGCCCUCGGCCACCACGGAAACCGAGCCAGAGGCACGAAAGACAAACGGUGGACCCAGAGGACACGUUGGUUUGGUGAAUCAAGCCAUGACCUGCUACCUAAACAGCUUGCUGCAGGCACUGUUUAUGACGCCCGAGUUCAGGAAUGCUCUGUAUCGCUGGGAGUUCGACAACGACAACGAGGCAAAAAACAUACCUUACCAACUGCAGAAACUGUUCCUCAACUUGCAGACGUCGCCCAAGGCGGCGGUAGAAACUACAGACCUAACCCGCAGCUUUGGUUGGGACUCUACUGAGGCCUGGCAGCAGCAUGACAUCCAGGAACUGUGCCGAGUAAUGUUCGACGCCCUGGAGCACAAGUUCAAGAACACCAAGCAGGCAAAUCUCAUCUCCAACUUGUACGAGGGCAAGAUGAACGAUUACGUAAAGUGUCUGGAGUGCAACACGGAGAAGACUCGCGAGGAUACCUUCCUCGACAUCCCGCUACCGGUGCGUCCCUUUGGAAGCAGCUCCGCCUACGGCAGCAUCGAGGAGGCUCUCCGCGCCUUCGUCCAACCAGAGACGCUCGAUGGAAACAACCAGUAUCUGUGCGAGAAGUGCAAAAAGAAAUGCGACGCCCACAAGGGGCUGCAUUUUAAGUCCUUCCCCUACAUCCUCACGCUGCACCUGAAGCGCUUUGACUUCGACUACCAGACUAUGCACCGCAUCAAGUUAAACGACAGGGUGACUUUUCCUCAGACGCUCAAUCUGAACACAUUCAUCAAUCGGAGCGGCAAUAGCGGCGAGCCAACCCCACAGCUAAACGGCACUGUGGACGAUUGCAGCACAGCGGACAGUGGUUCGGCCAUGGAGGACGACAACCUGAGUAGCGGCGUUGUGACCACUGCGAGCUCCAGUCAACACGAGAACGACUUGAACGACGAGGAUGAGGGCAUCGACAUGAGCAGCAGCACGAGCAAGAGCGCCAAGCAGGGAGCUGGACCCUAUUUGUACGAACUGUUUGCCAUCAUGAUCCAUUCGGGCAGCGCUUCUGGUGGCCACUACUACGCAUAUAUUAAGGACUUCGACAACAACGAGUGGUUCUGCUUCAACGAUCAGAAUGUGUCAAGCAUCACCCAAGAGGAUAUCCAGCGUUCGUUUGGCGGACCCAAUGGCAGUUACUACUCCAGUGCCUACACCUCCAGCACCAACGCGUACAUGUUGAUGUAUCGGCAGGUGGACGCCAAGCGGAACGAGCAACUCGCCAAAGUGGCCGAUUUUCCGGAGCACAUAAAAACACUGCUGCCGAAGCUGCACUCGGAGGAUGAGACUCGCGUGACUCGCCUUGGCAGGCACAUCACGGUUACGGACUUGGCUCUGCCGGAUUUGUACAAGCCACGCGUCUACUUCUACAAUCCCUCCUUGAAGAAGAUGAAGAUUACCCGGGUGUACGUGUCGCAGAGUUUCGACAUCAACCUCGUGCUAAUGUCGGCAUACGAAAUGCUAAAUGUGGAGCAGUUUGCGCCGCUUUCGCGUUGUCGUUUAGUGGCUUACAACUCCACGAUGGAGACGAUUAUCCAGUCCUUGGAGAACUGCACAGAUCCAGCCCUGACCGAGUUGCGCGCUUCGAUGAACUACAGUCUGGACUUCCUUUUAGAGUACCGGGCUGAGGGCCAGCAGUUUGAGACAUACCCCCCGGACGGCAUGACAUGGUAUGUGUUUAAGGUAGAUCUAUCGACCAUGGCGAUGGACGGUCCCUUCCUGGUUUACUCAGCAGCGCGGGAGCGGGAAGCCAGCGAAGGCCUUCGCCGCUCCAUCGCCCUCCGUUUGCGUGUUAACGAGCAGCAGUUCCUACUUGCCACGGUGCGCGGCACGGUGCCGAAAGCUUUCGUGGCCUACGAUCCCCAUCCGUCGCCCGAGGCGCUGCAGCAUCUCCAGAACCUGGCCAACACCCAGUUCAAAUCCAUCACAUACUUCUACUUGAACGUCCCCAAUACGGAUGCCGCCAGCCUUGAGAUGUUGGGCGUGCCCAGCGUAGAGUCAGUCGAGUCGGCCAGCGGUGAUGUGGUGGAUGCCGCCAUGAUGAAUGGUGCAGCACAAGGUCACGAGUCCUCCAGCAAUGAAUGUGAUUGGAGGCGCUACAAACGGGAUGUGCUGGAGCCACUGGUCCAACCCAGUCCCAGUCACGGCCAUGAGUCCAACUCGGAGGACAGUAGUCUGAGUGAUGGAGACCGCACUCUGGUGGAGACGGAGAACCUGGCACAUCGCGGGGGUGGCGACAGUCAAGUCAGUUCCACCAGUCAUUCGCCGCAGCUGUCUAGCCCCGAGGACGAAGCAGCCUCACACGAUGCCAUGAUGCGGGUUCAUGCCUACUGCAAUGGAAACGGCAGCUAUGCGGCGGCCGAUGUGGUGGAUCCCCUGCUCCUGCCCAGCAGCACCAAUCACUUCUUCUAUGCCACAAAGGUCGAGUGCGUGGAUGUCGUAGGCACCAGUUCCAGUUCAAGCCAUCAAUCCGACGAGGAGGCUCAGCUGCGAAGACCCACGCGUGCCUACAAACUGCUGGUGGGCGCGCACAUGCGCAUGGGUGCAUUCAAACGCCACAUUGAGCAAUUGAUCCAAGUGCCCAGCGCCUACUUCAAGCUGCAGAGCAAGCACGAAAACAACUCCAGCAACCAGAACAACUCGUUAAUUCUUUUCACCGAGGGCGAAACACUGACGGUGGAACUGGGCAAGAAUCUGGAGCCUGACGAGUUUAAGGCCAAGAUUUACUUUUUGCGACUUGCGGACAUUGACAACGAAACGUCCAAGCUACCCUGCGUCUGCGAGUGGGUCUACAACGCCAACACUACAGCGGAGCAGGCCAAACAAGAUCUCGUGGCCAAGCUGCACCGCAUGGACGCCAAGUAUGCCACGCUCACCGUGGAGAACUGCCGCAUCUGGUUGAAGGGAGGACGUAUUCCCAUCAAGAUCCUGGCCAACGAUGAAACGCUCUACUGCGACAUGCGCUCCUCCAUAGCGGCUGAAUUUAUUGUGCAGGAGUGCGAUGAAGGGGUGAAUCCGCAACCCAAGGACGAUUCUCUGACUAUAUUUGUUAGGCGCUGGUGUCCAGCUAAACUGGAAUUUGGAAAGUUCCAAGAAAUCACUUUGGACCAGGACAGCGAAAUCAGACGUUCAUUAUCACAGAUCUGCAACAUCACAAUAGACAAACUGAGCUAUAUGAAGAUUAACAGCAACUUCCCCUGUACAAGCAUAUCAGCUUUAAGCGUCAACGAGUCCAGCAGUUGGUACUCGGUGCCGGCCAGUCUGGACAAAUAUCCACUGAACUCCACACAGACGGGCAACAUCUACCUAUACAAAGAUAGGACCGUACCUGCGCGUGAGCUGUCGCUGGAUGAGCGGCGCCAGAUGAACGCCAGGGAGAAGGCUCGCCUGGAUCGGGUGGGCUGCGUCUCCACCACCCGAUACUCGCAGCGUCGGGAACGCGCUUUGAAGAUCUACCUGGACUCGCCGGAGAAGUCGAGCAAUGUGACCGCAUCGGCACCGAUGGACGUGCAUGUGAAUAAUUAGUCUGGCCGCGAGUUAAAAAGAAGAGUCGCGACCCAAAAAAAAAAGUACACCAAACCAUGUAUGUAAGCGACGGCAGACCAUUAAAUCCCAGAUCCUGUUUUAAUCAACGGCCAAGUAUCUUUAUCGGCUGCAACUGCUGGUCGUGUUUUCUGUACUUUACCCGCAGCAAUUGCGUAUUUUGUUGUUGUUUAUUUUGUUUGACGCAAGGGGAAAAGGUCGUCGGGCUGGGCCAGAGUGUAUAGCAUCCGACUGGACUGGACUGGAUUGGAAUGGAUCUGGGAUCGACGGCUGGGGUGGCAGGCACAGCACUAAGCGACGUUUACCAUAACGAAGUUAUUCUUGCAACUUUCGUAAUACAAGAGUUCAAAGAUGAGACUGUAAAAUUAAAACUAAACAUGCAAGAAAUCUAAAUUACAAAUUGUAUAAUGUGAAUGUGAACAUCAAAACUAAAUUAAAACUAUAAAAUAAACACAA